GAGACGACAUUCUCUUCAAGACUUUCUUCAAACGGAUAUACCAAGAAGCAGUGCAGUAGCGUGUGGCAGUGAAACAGACUUAAGUGUCGAGAAAUGGUGUGCUAUCAGUGUUAAGCUCCUAUAGUGAUCAAUUAAUUCAUUUAAUUUCAAAUUUAAUUAUUUUGGAUUUAUUUUUGGAUUAUAAUAACUGAAAAAUGAUCCUGCGGAAAGAACGAAGACUAUUCCUUGCCAUUUGUAUUCUAAUAGUCAAGGUCCGAGCGCAAGGAGAAAGAACUUAUGACACAAGCGAAUGGAUUCCUAUAACUCCAACCACAUUAGAAGCUAGAGGGUCUGAAAAUGUAGAGCAAGUAGCCAAUGAUCGUGUUUUGAGCUUGGACGCUCCUGCACAACAAAAAUUCUUCCCCGAUAAUGAGUUCGACUAUAGAAAAAGGCGUCCCAAUCAAGUCCAGCAAUUUAUUUCAGCUCCAAAGAAAGUUUUCGAGCAACCAAGACCCAGAAAACUAAAACAUCCUCUGGAGUACAAAUUUGAAACUCCACCUCCGCCACCCUCAAAAAAUCAACCACAAAUCAACUAUUAUAAUGGACAAAAUAUGUCGCCGUACCAACAGCAGAAUUUCUAUCAACAACAAAAACGACCAAGUAAUCCACAAGCUCAAUAUAAACGACCUGGAACUGUUCCAAACAACCUUCAAGCUCCAUAUCAACAACAAGCUCAAUAUCAAUCACCAAAAAGGCCUGAUUAUUAUGCCGAAGUACCAGCACCCAAUGCCCUAAAUCACUACGAACAAUAUCAAUUACCAUUUAAUUCUAGUUUUUAUCAAUCAUUAAACCCAACUAAUAUUAAUAACGGUUUUUAUCAGGCCAUUAACAACAAUAGUCAAUCAAAUGCAGCUGUUGAACAAGAAACUGUUCAAUUAGUUUAUGUGCCAGUGGAAAAUUUACAAUCCAAUCAACAAAAUAAUAGGCAACAAUAUCAACAACAAUCUACACCAAAUCAAGAAUAUUCGCAGCAAAUAUAUCAGCAACAAGCUGUAACAACUGCACCUGAAAAACAAGUUUAUCAAGCGACACCUUCUUAUAACUCAUUGGAUUUUCCAAGACAAGCACCAAUUUUGUCGCAAAACCAAGAUUCAUCAUUCAUACUAGAUUCGCCUCAGCAAGAAAAACUAAUUUCCUUGCCCGAUAAUAAACAAGCAAAACUAGAACGCAUCGAGCAAGAUUUCCUUCAGCAAGCGCUCCAAGCAUCAAGGCUACAAGAACAGUUCAGAGAUGACAUUAAUCCCAUCAAACAAGAGGUCGUCAGCUCAACAGCUAAACCUAAACAAAAACCCCAUCAACCGCCAUUAUCUUUAUUUUUAAAUUCUGAAAAAAAAGCUGAAAUUUCUGAUGUCUUAAGCAUUUUGAGAGAUGCUAAAACAAUAUCUGUACAAGACACAAUCACACAUGACUCACCGCAAGUUUUCAUUGGGCCUAGUAAUUUGGAUUCGGCUGAAGGCUACAACAAAUUCCCUUUGCCUUAUUUAAAUAACAUUAACGGCAAUAGAAUUGAAAGAAAAAUUGAUCAAUUGCCCUUCUUUGUUGCUCCGGUCAGUUACAAGACACCUCCAGGAUACUCGAAAAUUGCUUUACCAUCGCCUCACGUUGGUUCUGUGGUAGUAUCAUUACCCAUUAACACCACACCAGAGCCCCAAUAUAGUCCAUUUGGAUAUCAAUCGUCAAGAGCUCCUGCACAAGAAAAUAUUGAUACUUAUAGUCUAUUCGAUACCAGAAGCACAACACAAUCUUCACCUGUUAGGAAUAUAUUUGAACAAGCUUACACACCAAAUGACUAUUAUUUACAACAAAGUCCGCAAUACUCAACACAAGAAGAACGUCAAAACACUUCUCCCAGAAGUCAACAAAUAACAAAAUUGCCUGACAUAAAUCCUCUAGAACUUGCCAUAAACGAGUUUGAAUUGCAUCAAAUAAACGAUCAAGCUGAAGAACAUAACAAAGUCAAACACUCUACCACAAGCAGACCUCAAACCAAUUAUGAAACUACUCAAAGUGCAAGAUCAUCACAGACAAGAGGGCGUCAUAAUUAUGAUAAUGAAGCUACUACUGAAAGGAGUAGAGGUAGAGUUAGAGGUAGAGGUAGAGCAACUAGUAGAACCACUACCACUACAACCCAAGCUCCAAUUGAAACUGAUAGAUACACUGUUUUAGAAGAGUUUGUAGCUAGGAAUCCUUCAAGUGAUACUUAUAGAAAUCCUUCAACUGAAAGCUACAGAAGCCCUUCAACUGACAGCUAUAGAAGUCCUUCAACUGAAAGUUAUAGAAGUCCUUCAACUGAAAAUUACAGAAUUCCUUCAACUGACAGUUACAGAAGCCCUUCAACUGAGAGUUAUAGAAGUUCUUCAGUGGAAGUUGAAACAGAACCAUCUAGAAAAUCCUCAACGACUCCAUUCAGUGGUAAUCCAUACUUGCCUGACAGUCAAACCCAAUCAAAUGUUAGACAACUUUACGAUGACUUAAGAAAUAUUCAAUUUGAAACGCCAAAAGCACCAACCGAUGAUGAACAAGAAUUAAAAAGGCAACCUCAAACAGAGCAAUCUGUCAAUAGAUAUUAUCCAGAAAAUAUUCAAGCUAAUGAUUAUAAUUUAGGUCAAUUUCAAUAUGAAAAUAUUGCACCAAAUAAUGAAAUAAGAACAACAACGGAAAAACCCAAAGUAGAUGAAGAAGUAAUUCCUACACAUCUUCACAGAUUUAGCCCAGAAGUUAUUAGCUAUGAAAAUAGAGAGCCCAAUCAACAACGUAGACCAGCGCAUCAGCAAUAUGCCUCUGAUGAUGUUAGAGCCAACUAUCAACAACAAUAUGAAGUUGACGUUAAUGAGCCUCAACUGACACAAACUGAAUCCUAUCAAAGACCACAAGAAACUAGCGAAGAAGAUUCUAGAAGAAAACCCUUCCCUGAUCCCACAUCGUUUAUAGACAACCUCAAUCGUCCUAACUUUGAUGAUACCUAUAUCAGUCUACAAGAUCAAGCAGUUAGAUCUUUACUGGUACCAAACCUUCUAGCUCCAUCAACAAAAUCUCAAUUUUCCACAGAAUCUAUUAUAGAGCUGCAACCAAGCACAGAAGCAGAAACAACUACAACAACAAAAGCUUCCAGGACAAGAAGUAGAGGUAGAACUAGAUUAAGCACCACAGAGUCAUCGGUGGCUACCAGUCCUAGAAGGGCUUCCAAUAGAAGACGUCCAGUAUCUACAACUUCAACUGAAAAUUACUCUUCUGGUAGAGAUUCAAACGUGAAACAACAAAAGUUUAGAACUCGUGGUAGACCCACACAAAACGAAAUAGUCGAUAGAGUAUCAACAACUGAAAACGAAGUAAAAGCUUUCAAAGAAUCAUUACCUCAAACUGAUUUUGAACCAGUAAAAAGUCGAGAACCGCCACAAUCUUAUAUGCAAUUUGAGCAUGCUAUUGAAGAUCAACAAAUUAUUACCAUAAAUCCUUUACAAGAGGAUAUCAAAGAGUAUCAUCAAGUUUAUGAGCUACCACAGCAAAAUCAACAAGUUUUGGAAUACGACAACACUAGAUCACAACCCAUUGUAGAUGUGCAAGUUUCUCAUGUUUUGCCUGAAGAUGAACCAAAAUUGGACAUUAUUACUAAAGCACCUGAAGAAGAAGUUUAUGUAAGGCCAACAAAUGCUAACAUAAGAUCUGGAGGAGUUCUUAAUAAUAAUAGAGAGGAGCAGGCUACUAGAGCCUCUACAGCUAGACCAAGAGGUCGCACCCGGACUAGAUCAAGAUUUGCUUCAUCUACAUCCACAACUACAAGGCCCGUAACUAGAAUUUCUCCUAGAUACACAACUGGAAAACCUAGAGAAACUACUACGAAAGAAGAGCAAGAGUUUUAUGGUUUCACUAGACAACCUGCUUAUACACCAGCAAACUUAAACAUCCAAGCGGAACCUCAAGUGAAAUUUGUCGGUGAAAUCAGGCCUAAAUAUAGUCCACGUACAACGACAUCUUCUUCUGCAGAAGCUGAGAGCAGUGCUGAAACUGCAAGACCAAGAAUAAGGUCCAGAACUAGAGCUCCAACACGUAAAACUUCAAGCACUUACAGACAGUCCGACAAUGACGUUUACAAUGGUAGAAGUACCGAACAAGCAACAAGACGUUCAAGUCCUACUACAACAAGAACACGCACGCGUGGAUCCUCACAUUACCGCGCCCCAGAAAAUCAAAAACGAGAAAGUGAAGACGAAGAUGUGGCCAAUCAAAACUACCCAGUGAACUUUUUGCAAAAAUUGGAUGCUUCAUCUCCAAAAACCAUUAUUCUGGACGAAGACUUAGAUGAUCAGUCUCCGUAUUCUUCAAUUUACAGGCCAAAGUUUGUGCCUAAACCCAACGAGUGGAAUAGUUUGCCAACUAAUGACAAACCUGAUAUGGAAGAUCCUCAAUCGCUUGCCAUUGUACAGACAAAUAAACCUGAUGAUGAUUGGAAUAGUUUUUCAACUGAAGGCGAAAAUUCUCAAUCGCUGGCCUUUGCACAUACAACGCCGCAACUUCCAAAUGAGUUCAUCACUGAAAGCGAAGUUGAUAAGGUGAUGAGUGAUUUGGAAAAAAUUAGAACUUCGCCUACAGAGGAUAGUGUUACUACACUGGAACCUACUGAAGCAGUUACAAAGAGUAGACGACGAGGUGUUUGGAAGUUGGUAAAGCAUCGUCCAUUAGAUCAAUUGGAAGUUGCUGAAUCACAAAACUACGAAACUGUUUUAAAUGCUUUUGAUUCGAUUGCUAAAGUUGAUCCCUAUUCCAAAAGUACUUCAAAUGAAUUAGUAAAGAAUGUUGAUGUUUCUACUGAAAAUGUAGAAAUUAGUGAAUUUACAACAUUGCCUCCGUCUACUACAAAAACCCAAGAAAACAUUUUCGAUACGAUUUAUGAAAUGUUUGGAAUGUUUCAGAAGCCUGAAAAAAAUGAUACAAGUAACUUAAAUAUUCCUACUACAACCUUUAAUCCCACGUUCCCUGAAGAAAUAACCGAAAUUGCAACCACCACUGAAGAAAUUGUUGCUGAAACCAAUACAGAAGUUAUUAAUGAAACAACCACAGGGACUAUUAAACCAUCUACAAUGCCUUAUGAAAUAGAACCGUGGAAAAUGAAGGCGGUAAAGACGUCAACUUCAACAGAAGUUUCACACGAGACAGAAAUAUGUUAUAAAGGGCGCUGUGUGAAAUCUAGAGAGAAAAAGAAACUUUAAAUUAUAUUGAGUUUUUUUUUUUUUGUACAUAGAGUUUGAAUGAGGUGUGAUUGGGUCAUGAAUAGUUUGUGUGAUUAAUACAUUUGUGGUUUUCUAGACUGACAAUCUUUGAAUUGUUUGUUUUUGAUUCCUAAUUUUAAUGAAUGACGACUAUAUUAUUUAUGCUAUUUAGAAUUUUAUAUUUACUUACUUAUUGUAACUAGAGGUUUGUUCAAAAGUGAAAUUGUCUCGUUAUUUGAACAAUAUUUCUCAAUUAUUUAUUGUAUAAAUGAAAUAAAUAUUUGAUACAAAUAUUA